AUGCUUGCUGAGGCGCUGCGGGAGUCGAGCGGCUCCGAUACGGGAUCCGAGGGCUCGGGACGGCCAUUGAAACGGCGCCGCGGGCGUCGAUGCCACAGCAACGAGCACGACUCGGGAAACGACAAGCGAGCGAAAAUCGAGACGGCAAACGACUGUGUGGUCGAGAUUCAGCACGGAAGCUCGGCGUCGCCGCAGCCACCGCAACCCGAACCGGCCGGCACAGAGGUGAUUAGUGUGGACAGCGAAGAAGACGACUAUAGCGAGUUUGACGAGGACUUCGAGGACGUCGAUCUAAGCGGCACGGCCCCAGAUCUCAACCGUGAAAGCUUGUCCGAGGAAAUCACAGUUUCCGUCUCGCGACCGACCAAGCCGACGCGCAAACAGAACGUCGUGUCGGCGGACGAGCGCAUGUUCCGCAAAACGCUGCACAUGUUGUAUUUGUUUGUGAUGGUGGCCCACGGCGUGGUGCGCAACACCUGGUGCAGCUCGCCCGAGGUUUUGCGCGUGUUGCGCGGCCAGGUGCCCGGAAAGCUGCUUGCAGAGGUGGACGAGUUUCACGAGCAGCAGCAGCGUGCCGACGUGACCAGCGCGGCCAAGUCGCGCCGUCUGCUGGACCUGCUGCGCCACCUGAUGCAGUACUGGUACCGGAGCUGGACCCUCGAGCCACGCCACCGGGGACUGUACAAGAAGACGUGGGAGGAGAUUGCGAAACUGUGGGAGCAGCCGGCUAUGCAGGGCGAGAACGUGACGAAGGCACGGUUCAUCAGGCGGAUGGAGCAGCGGCGCGGCUCGCGAGACCUGGCGGCGCAGGGCUUUGUGGCGCUGCUACGUGCGCUCGACAUCAAUUGCCGGCUCGUUUUCUCGCUGCAGCCGCCAGACUUUACCAACCUGGCCGUCCUGGCCCCUUCUACGCCGUCCAAAGCUCAGGACGACGUCCAGUAUCCUGUUUUCUGGUGCGAGGUCUGGGGCAGCGCCAGCAAGCGGUUCACCAGCAUCGACCCGAUCGUCCAACGGUACAUCGAGAACGUCGGCACGCGGUCCAAGUUCGAGUGGCCGAACAACACCACGUACGUGCUGGCGUACGACCGGCUGGGCGGCGUGCGCGACGUCACGCGGCGCUACAGCGUGCACUUCAACGCCAAGACGCGUAAGAAACGUAUUACCAGGGACCCGCACGGCCAGGAUUGGUACGACAAGCUGCUGCGCGGCGCAAACUCGCGGCGCCGGCUCGCGAGCAACAAAAUCGACCAGUACGAGCAGGUCGAGUUUGAGCAGCGCUCGCUCAAAGAGGGUAUGCCCAACUCGAUCCAGGACUUUGUGAACCACCCGGUGUACGUGCUGGAGGAGCAGCUGAAGGCGAACGAGGUGUUGAAGCCGAAAAUCAGCUGCGGAACGAUCCGCAAGAAGACGAAGGCCGGAAAGGAGGGCGAGCUGGUGCCGGUAUACCGUCGCUCGAACGUGGUUACCGUGCGGUCUGCAAAGGCGUGGUUUCUACGGGGCAGGGUGCUCAAGAUCGGGGAGCAGCCGCUCAAGGUGCGAGAGCAGCGAAAACAGCGGCCAGAUGACGACGACGAUGACGUGAGACUCUAUGGAGAGCACCAGACAGAGAGGUACGUUCCGCCGCCCGUUGUGGACGGCAGAAUUCCGCGCAACUCGUACGGGAACAUCGACUUGUACCAGCCGUGGAUGCUGCCCGAGGGAACGGUGCACAUUCCGGAGAAACAGGCCGAGAAGGCUGCAAAGCUGCUUGAAAUCGAGUACGCACCUGCUGCGGUGGGUUUUGAUUUUGGUAGUGGUAGUAAGGGCCGCGGAGCAAGCGUCAGCGUGCGAAUUGCUGGCGUUGUUGUUCUGGCGGAGCAUAAAGAGGCUGUCGAGACAGUGUGCGAGUAUUUGAGGGAGGAGGAAGAGGAGGCGGCUCGCAAACGCCGUGAGGCUGCCGCACUGCGUGUGUGGGCCGUGGUGCUAGCCAAGCUUCGGAUUUCGAGGCGACUAGACAGGGAGCAUGGGCUGGUGGAAGAUUCCGACGACGACUCAGGCGACGACGUUCCGUCUGUCAGUCGGCACGAGUUGCUGUCAGAGGACGAUCAAGACACAGCAGGCGGCUUUGUCCCGGAGGAAUCCAUUUUCCAGCAGGUCGAUUCCGGUGGUUUUCUGCCCCAGGAUACUGUAGCACCGCCUGUUUCGCAAGACUCGUCUACGAGCAAUUCAGGGGCCGAGAGCGAUGGCGACGCCGCCGCUUAUUCUGACUCCGAAGGCUACGAAUUCGAAUAUAGUGACUAA